CGUCAACCAGAUUACAGUUUCACGGGCUCGUACAUACUGGGGAAUCGAAGCCUGAGACAAAUUUGUUUUGGAAAUAAUCAAUACAGGAAAAAAGGCUGGUUGGCGGACCCACGAUGCCACACUCAGCGCGUACCCUAGGACAUGGCCUCGAGUGUUCCCAUUACUGUGUAGACCUCUUCUUCAAUAAAGAGUCAAGCCGUUAUAGAACUAUGAGUACCCGGUGCAAACCAUUGUACAAGGGCCCUCUAUAGUCUGGUACAAACCGGUGGCAGGGUGGUCGUUGUGUCCUUUUGGCUUGCAACACGGAUACACAGCCACGCACUCUCCGAAAUCCGCUCGACCACGAUCAACCGUGUCUUCAAAACCACGGUGUUUCAAGGCAGUGGAGGAAUUAGAGGGGCCCCAGUCCCUAUGAAAAAAACUGUUUUCUGCUGUAGUAAAUUUUUACUUUUGAAAGAAAAAAGUUGAAUGAAAGACAAGAUGGCAUUAUCAACAAGUGAUAUGCUGUGAUAAUCUUUGAUCUGAAAUUCUAUAAUUGUUUAUAACAUUUAGGCAAAACAGAAGGUAUGUUUUAAGGAUUAGAUAACUUGCAAAUGUAUGCCAUUAUACAGGGAGAACCUGAAAGAGUUCAAAUGAAUACAAAUGUUCAGAGUGAAUGCCUGUUUAUGAAGCAAACAUAAAUAACAUUCAUUGUGAAAUGGAAGGCCUGAACUCAGCAUUCAGUAAAUGGAAAACACAUGAAAAGAAAUCACUUAACACACAUGAUUUAUGGGGUUAUUCUGGUUCAGAGGAUACAUGGAAAACAAGUAGCAUUCAUACUUCAGCCACCUUGCAUGUGCCAGACACUACUGUAAAUGGAGAAGCUUUUGAACUAGACCUGACAGAUGAUGAAACUCUACUAAGUUUUCUGUCUGUUGAAGAGAAUUGUGAGAAUGAACCUUCCAGUGAUUGCAUUAGUGAAUCUGGAGUGGUAGAAAUGUCUAGUGUUACUUUAGACAAUAUCCUAAGUAAUACUGUAAAUCAGAUAUUUGGAACAGAAGAUACAGGGAAAGAGUCUGUUGAUACAUUUGGCCAAAGUGAGAGCACUGGAAAUGCCAUGAAUGUAUUAUGCAAUAAAAUAGGGAAUUAUGAUUGCAUUGAUGAUAAUUCUACAUCUGCUGGGCCAUUGCAUGAAAUGGAUUAUUCAAAUGAAUCUUUCAUUCCUUCUCAUCUUGGAGGAAAUGGCAGUGAGACACAGAGGAGUUUACUACAAACUACUACUUUGGACAGGAUUACCCAGAAUUUACCAGAAGAGAAACAGUUUCAUUUGACAAAUGCUUUUCAGAAUAUAGAAAGAUGUGAUGCAAUGAAAGGGAAAGAUGUUACUCAGCUUAAAAACAUAUUUUCUGACUUAAGUAAUAAAAAAGAUGUACCAGCAAAUAGAGGGAGUGCCCUUUUUCAGCAAAAUCCAGCUGGUAUUUUCAGUGGUCAUGAAGAAAUGCAGAUUGGUAAUUGUCAUUGGAGAUCUGUUCAAGAAACAGAGACUCAGAAAUCUGCAAGACAGCCUGAUCAAGUCUCAAAUUUUCUACAGGAUUGUAAUGAUAGCUGGGAUAAAAAUAAAUGUCAAGAAACACUAUUUGGUACUAGUCAUAUUGGGCAUCACUUAAAGGAACAAAGGGAAAUGAGUUAUCUUUUGGUGGAUGAACCAUUUAAGAGCACCUGUGUAUUUCCAGAUAUUCCAAAUAUUCCAAAUGUGCUUUCCAUGUAUCCUCAUAUGCCAUCUGAUGCUGAAAUUCUUCGACCAUCUGAAAUUACAUGUAACUACUCAUUACCUAUACACUCACUUGACAAAAAUAAUUAUGAGUCAGAUCCAGAACUUGUCUCAUCAUUGCUCUCAGAGUUCACUAGACCUAGUAAAAGGGAUGUCUUGCAAACCCUGGAGACAGAGAAUGUAGCAACAAAAGUAAAAGAGACUUGGAAAAGUCAAUCUGUACCUGUCACAGGAAGUACCAAGAGGAAAACUGUCAGUGAUGUGGUGUGGACUAUGCAAACACCAAAGCCAUCAGUUUCUCCUCUGCUCUUAAGCUGUACUUGUGUACAGCUCCCAAAGAGUAGUGCUACUGAUGAUUUGGUAAGUGCAUGUAAUAGGCCAAAAUCAGGGACUAUUUUUAAUGUAACCUCUUUAAAUGAAAGGCAGUUGAUUCAGCAGGAUUUUCAAGGGACAGAGCAUAUACUAGAGGAAAAAAAAAACGAAAAUGCAUCUCAUAUGAAAUGUGAAGGUGUUGUAAAUGAAACAAAACAUGCAUUUUGUGAUACAAAGGAGUUACAUGGAAUUACUCAAGAAACCUGUAUAGAGGGAGUAGCAUUUUCUUCAGAACAACCGGGGACUGCCUCCUUUAUGAAUCUUACUUCAGAUUCUUUCUUUGGUAGUAGCACUCUUUCAACCCAGUUUCAGUUAGCUAUUGAAGAUCUUUCCUUUCAAGUUCCUCAAGAAGCAGACAACAUAUCAGGAUCAAAGAGUGAUGCAACUGAAACUAAUGUGAAUCUUUCUGAAUUUUUCUUAGAAGCAAACAAUUGCAGUGAAUUUAAGGUUGUUACACCUGCUAUUACUCAUAAGUAUUCAGGGGAAUCUAGCUGUUCAGUUUUUCAAAAUCCAUCCUGUAAUAUGAAUGACUUUGAUACCCUUUUAGAUUCCUUUAUGUGUAAUGUUGAGAGUGAGCGCAGUAAUCCUGAUUCUAGUGUCAGCAUUACCUCUGUUAAAGAAAAUGUAAAUCUGAAAACUAUCCUAAACAAUUCCAUGACACCAACUAAAAACAAUAACACUGCAGAUGAAAUAUUAGAUGGUUUCCUAAGUGAACUGGAUGGAGAGAGAGAGGUGCUCAUAGCUACCAGCAACAAUCUGUCACAUGAUAUGGAGCAGCUACUUAGUAAAGAUGUAACACAAGAAAGGAAUAGGCUUUCUGAUUCUUCAGCUUCGCUGAAAAAGAAGACAUUGAAGCCCACAAUCUUCCAGGUGCAUUCUGCAAGUCAAAAAUCACGUAGGAACAAUGCAAAAGGAAAAAAAGCUAAAGUUAAGGUGCAGUCCAUAUGUAAACCAAUCAGAUGUGUUGUUCGAGGACAGGUAGUUGAAAAUAUUUCUCAGAAGCGGAUAAGGACACUUCGUUUUGUUCUGGACAAGGAGAGAAGAUUGGAAAAUCAAGAUGGCACAGGUUUGUGGCCCGUGAGGGAAGAUUUUAAUCCUGAUCAGUUUAGUUUAUCUCAGGGAACUGAUGUUACAUCACUGGCAAAGCAGGAAAUUGUUGGUGAUAGAUAUGUGUUGGAGAAUAAUCUGGUUCCUCAGGCCCCUUUUAGGCCAAAUGAAGAAUUGCUUGAAUCCAGUAGCUUUGUCCUGCCAAUCGGUGAGACAGGCCUUAGUGUCACUAUACCAACAAAUACUCCCACAAGUAUCACUUCUUUUUUUCCUGCAGCCAGUCCAGGAUGUAUUGCCAAACUCGCUCCAAUUCUUCCCUCUCAAUAUCGUAAAAUGGUUGAUAUAAGAAAUCCCAUGUUAACCAAGCCACAAGUGUGCACACUCCUGCCCUAUAUACCAGAGAAAGGAAACCGUUUAGUGCAUUCUCAAAAUGGAACACAAAUGAUUGUUCCAGACUCAUUGGCUGCAAUCCCAAUAAAAAAAUCUGUAUUGCAAGUUUCGUUGAGCCCAGUAACUUCAGUUGAACCGCAUUACGUUGUGGUACCAACUAUAACACAUACCAAAAAUGCAUACAAAACACCUGCUUUUGCCAAUAUGGUUUCUUGCCCUCAUUUACCAAAUGGGGUCCUGAACAACAGUAAGGCUCAAAACCAAACUAGUAACAAACAACAGCCAUCCUGGUCAAGUCAUAUGCAUCCAAUUGCUCCCAAAAUCAGUCAGACCAAUGUUUCAUCAAGUACACCUGUCAAAGUAUCUCUUGAGCAGAACACAAAUGUUCUUCAUCCAGUGAAAAUAUUUGUCAGCACUAAAUCAAAGCCAGUGUUACCAACUAUACCCAAAAAAUCAUGCAUGAAUAUUUGUCCAAAUAAACCAUACAUGGAUGAACCAAGACUAAAAUCUAAGAUAGUACAGUCUCUGCAACAGAAUAUUUUGAAGAGAAAGGCACAUCCAGACUUGGUACAUAAAAAGUUCAGCAGAGUGUUGAAAGAUGAAUUGAGGAUACGCUUCCCAGAUAUUCCAGAACCCAUUUUGGGUAGGUUGAAUAUUCCUCCACAGGCAAUUCAUAGGGGUUAUUUUAGUGUGCUUGACCUGCAGACUUUACGUGCUCAAGCCUUGGCUCUUCGUCUUAGGAUGAUUUUUCGAGAACACGUUAGCAAGUGUGUUGCUAGGAACUGUAUAAUGUGUUUAGAUUUCUUAAAGGAACGGCAAAAAUUGUCAUGGGUAGAAAGAGAGCACCAUUUGGGACAGCGUCUAUUAAAAAAGGAUAGAAAUAUUAGAUCAUGUGGAAGGGGUAGAGCUCGUGGGAAGAGGGGUAGCCGAGUAAGAGGAAGCAGGUUGGGUGAGAGAGAUGAUCCCACUUAUGAACCACCAUAUAGCUAUGUAAGCUCAAAGAGGAAGAGAAAUGAGGUAAAUUAUAGUGUAUUAGAUGGCAAAGGAGGAAACCCAAGAAGAAUGUGUGUUCAUGAUUGCAAUAAUGUUCAUGCAGUUAUAAAAAGAUUUUGUAGGGGCAAGUUUUUAUAUGAUUAUUGUAAAUUACGUAAGAGUUACUCAGAAACAAAUAUUCAUGCUCUUACAAAAUCACUUGAUGUCAUAGAUGUUAAGUCACAGACCUGUGAUGAUAUGUACUUACCAUAUUGUAAUAGGGCAUAUCUGAAAUACUUUCAAAAUGUGCAAGAUAUGGAAGUGCAUCCUAUUGUUCAAGAGGCAACCAAAACCAGGUUGCAUAUUAUGUCAACAAAAGAUAUGUAUGUUUAUGACCAGAAAGACAGGAAGAAUCAACAGAUGGAAAUGAUGAAGGAAUGUUUAUAUGAUUUUUCAGUCAAACAGUAUGUUGAAAAAGAAUUUGGCAUUCCAUUCAGUGAUGCAGACACCAAACAUUCAAAGGGUGCUUCUCAAAAACCACUGUAUUAUGAUCUUCAUUCACUCAGCAUUGGACCCCUCAAGGUCUCGGCCAAGUAUGAUCGACAGAUUUUACCGAAGCUAAGAGUUAUUUUCACAGCCAAAAAAUUUACUUAUGAGUAUGAACUGAUGUGUGGAAUGACCAAAAACCAUGAGCCUGACCCUUGUAAAGUGAGGAGUGUAUCUGGACGGCCAUAUCCUCAGCUCCUCCUGACAGUUGACAUUCCUUUCAAGACAGUACAAGCUUUGGCUGUCCAGUCUAACAAGGUUAUGCUGUUGGUGAAAACGGUUCCCUACAUCCAAAUUGUGGCCAGACGAGGUCUAUCACGUGUUGUAAUGCCUGAAAGGAAUGCACUCUCUCAGGCACAGAGAAAAUAUUUUGGACGUGUGAAGGCUGUGAUGUCUAUUUUUCCUUUGCAUAAGCUCAUGCUAGCAGAUCAGGGGAGAGCUACUUCUCUUUGUGAUGGACUAUGUGGAUUUGCCUCUUGGUUUAAAACAUACUUGUUGAACCAGUUGCCAAUGCCUGAAGGCCAUAUUCCCUCAUGGUGCCUCACUCCCCAUUUGGACCCAGACAUGCUGGCUCGGAAACUCUCUCUGCAUACCACGCAAGGUUAUGUUGAAGUCUCAAAGCAUUCAACAUUUAUUGUCCGAGAUAGUGUAAGUGGCAAGUAUUUUGGUAAGAUAGUGGACAAGAGCAAUCAGCCUGCUGUUAUGCAGAGUCCACCAGAAGGAAAUCAGCCAGAUUCAAGUAGAAACAAUUUGAAGGAUAUAGAAGAUACCAUGUCAACUAUCUAUGAAAACUGUGGGAAUAAGACAAACAAACAAAAAGCCAUUGUGGCACUAGAGAAAGAGACUGGAAUUCCAGAUGUGGUUGAAAACUCUGCGGCACUUUACCUGUUAUCAGUUGUAAGAUCUAUUUUAUCCUCUCAGAGAAUACCUGAGAGUCCACCAUAUAUCACAAAUCUUCAGUUUCCUCCUCUUCUCUACCUGGAGAAGGGUUGUACAUGCAGAGAAAAUUGUCAUCAGAUGAAGUGUCCAUGUGCAAGAGAUGGUGUUUUGUGCCGAGCUGGGGAUGCUUGCUCAUGUGUGGCCUGUGAUAAUCCCCUAAACGUUUUGCAUAUUUUAAACUUGGACAUUCACACAGCACGUUUAGAUGAAUGUCUGAUGCAGAACCUUUACAGCCUGAAUAUAACUGAAUUGUGUAAAUUACUGGUGUCAAGAAUGGUUCUUCCUUGCUGCAGAAAUACCACAGAAUUGCUGCACAUCAUUCCUGGAACUGUUUUAUGUAGCUUUUGUAGCAACACUGUGUCCUACUCAUGGUGCACCAACCAUGUACACUUACAGUCAUUAUAUCCUAGGAAUCACUGUUUGGCUUGUUGCUUCUGCAGACCAACUCUACACACCCACUGCCAGAACUGUUUGCAUUGCACACCAUCUACAGGACAAGGGACAUGCUUGAAGUGCAGGACACCAAAACCAUUUGGGAUUUAGAUAAAAGCUUCAUGGUUUACAGUUUUUCUUAUUGAUUUUGUUGACAUUUGUUAGUAUUUAUAUAUUGACUACCUCUCUAUUGGUUCAUGAAUAUUUUCCAUAUGAACUAAAAUUAAUUUCCCCUAACUAAAUGUUACAGCACUUUCUCAAUUUUGUUUUUAAGAUCAAAUGGUAAAUUAUAGGUAAAAGGGUGACAGAGUAUAAAGUAAAUAUUUUUAUUUACAUCAGUUGUACAUACCUCUGAGAAGCAUGACUGAGCUUUUAUUAACAUGCCAACUCAUUACUGUUCAUCACUCUGGUUUUCUUUUUGAUAUUUAUAAGCCUAUUAUUUGUGUACUUAUUCAUAUCUGAUUAAUUAGUAGUCUAUUUAUAAACUAUACCCACACAAAAUAUCUUAUAUUUCUAGAAUUUUUUGCCAAAUUUUGGAAUUAUAAAGACUAGUCUUACUACUUUUGUUUUUUGAGAUAGGCUGUAUCAGAAUUUUGUUAUAGAACAUUAUAUCACUGUGUUUUUAUAGUCAAGUUGAACUUAUUACAAAUACAGCGAAAAGAUCUUGUGGACGAUAGAGUUUACUUAGUAUAAAGCAAAAAGCUUUAUUGCACAUUAUUAUUGACAUUCAUUUGUUCUGAUAAGAGUGGACUAUUGGCUAAACAAUUUGUUACUUCUCAGAAAUAAAUCAAUAAAUGUUAUAAGAACA